GGGCGGGCUCAGGCCGGGCGUAUGAGGCCGCCCGCUCCGCCGGCCGCCGCGCUGCGGGAUGCGGUGCUGGACGUGUCCCCGGCGCUGAGCGGCCACAGCCCCGCCAUGGGAACCACCGGCAACGCCGCCGCGCUGCCCGAGCGCCUCCGCCUGCCCGUCUGCUUCCUGGGCGUCUUUCGCCUUGCUACUUCUUACAGCGGACAUCCCUGCAGGAAAGAGCAUCACUCGGGCCGGUACGGAGAGGGCGCCAAGCAGGAGAAGUUCAAGUACGCCCUGACCCUGGUGUUCAUCCAGUGCGUGAUCAACGCCGCCUUCGCCAAACUCCUGAUCCAUUUUCUUCGACUCGGUCCAAAGCUGAACCGCACUCGGGGCUGGCUCUAUGCUCCUGCCCUCCCUCCUACCUUGGGGCCAUGGUUUUCCAGCAACUCUGCACUGCAGUUCGUCAGUUACCCCACCCAGGUACUUUGGCAAUCCUGUAAGCCCAUCCCAGUCAUGCUUUUAGGGGUUACUUUGCUGCGGAAGAAGUAUCCUCCAGCCAAGUAUCUCUGCGUCCUCUUGAUAGUUGCAGGCGUGGCCCUGUUCCUCUACAAACCCAAGAAGGGGUUGGCCAGUGAUGAGCAUGUCUUUGGCUAUGGAGAGCUCCUCCUGCUGCUGUCUCUGACCUUGGAUGGGCUGACUGGUGUCUCUCAGGACCACAUGAGAGCUCACUACCAGACAGGUUCCAACCACAUGAUGUUGAAUGUUAACCUCUGGUCCACCUUGUUCCUGGGGGCUGGGAUCCUGUUCACUGGAGAGCUCUGGGAGUUCUUGAGUUUUACAGAACGUUACCCCAGCAUCAUUUACAACAUCCUCCUGUUUGGCCUGACGAGUGCCCUGGGUCAGAGUUUUAUCUUCAUGACUGUGGUAUACUUCGGGCCUCUGACCUGUUCCAUCAUCACCACCACCCGCAAGUUCUUCACCAUUUUAGCCUCUGUCAUUCUGUUUGCCAAUCCCAUCAGUACCAUGCAGUGGGUGGGAACCAUCCUGGUGUUUUUGGGACUGGGACUCGAUGCCAAAUUUGGAAAGGUAGUGAAGAAGACAUCGCAUUGAGGAAGUGGUUGAUCUCUGCAGUUGUAAUGAACUUUUAAUUUAUUGUCUUGUGCCUCCAAAUCUGUUAUCAAACUGGAGUCAGGACAGGGAACCAGAAGGGCAGUGGGUUUUUUUCUUUGUUUUAGUUUUUUUAUUCUCAGUUGUCUUAAAAGCAUAAUUCUUUAGUUUUAACUGUAAUUAAGCCUUUUUUUUUUUUUUUUUCUGUAAUCAAAGCUGCAUUACUAGAGCCUAGCAGCAGGAAGAAAUUCUUGCCUUAACAGGAAAAAACCCAAACCCUUCAUAUCUUUAUUAAAGAAAAAGAGACAAUGGCCAUUUUUCCAGAACUUUUAAUUUCACUGUCCUUGGGAAGAAGCAGCACACCUCUCCAAGGAGGGGGCUGGUCUUAGAAUUAUGUAGUUCCUUUGCCAUGGCCUGGAAAGAUCCCUGGAUUAAAGGCCUGUGUUGAAGACAACACCCUCUUUUGAUUGAUUGUAUCAUUUUUCCAUAAAUGAAUUGAUGGAGCAGCAAUUGGACCCUCUUCCAUUAAGAUAAUCAGUGUAGGCACCAAGUUGCAUGUUGUCCUUCAUCCAAGCCCUUCAAAACCAGGAGCAACUUUUGGCAUAUGUGAAAGUUUACAGGAAACCUGUUUAACCAGUGGGGCCCAAAUUAAUUCUUUUCACACCCCUCCCUCGCUGCUGCAGGGACAGGACCCUCUGCUGCUAAAACCAUGCCAAGGUUGUGUGACAACAGCUUCUAAAUGUUGAAAGGGCCCUUUUUAAUUAACCACCAUCAUGGGGAGCUUUGGAACACCCGCUCCUGAGCACAGGCGAGCUCCCCAGUGUCUUGUGGGGAGGAGUUAUUAUCAUAAUGAUGCCUUCAGAGUUGGAGAGGGAAAUUCUCCAAAGAGCAAACUUUACACAUGAAAGCAUGUUUCUACCAGCUGUCGCUUGGUCUCCAUCUGUUCUGUGGCUUUGGCCUUUUGCCCCUCCAGAUGGGAUCUCCAUCUCUUUCCUGAGCGGCUGUUGUAAGCCUCUCCCUCUCUAUCCCCUGCUUCCCUCACCCUUCCAGAGUUCCUUAUAACUUUUUUGGCCUCAUAUUUGGUUUUAAUUUCUUCUUCUUUCAUCUGUCUUGCUAUUCUAGAGUUCUGCUCAGACAACAAAUUUCCUGGAAAAUUAAGCCUGAGGCUAUCAAGGGGGUUUUCUGUGUCACCUUCACCUCUUUACUACUGCACGUUGUCUCCAAGGUCAAGUGAUGAGUAGCAAACCUCUUCUUAGUAGUAGAGAACUAUGCAGAGAAAGCUUUUGUGACUGAACUCCAUGGAUCCAGCUUGAUGAGCAGUGUGUGCUGGCAGCUGCUCCUGUCCUGAGGUUCUGGCUUCCCUAAAGUGCUUCCCAGUAUGGAAGGUAAUGAACGUUAGUUCCAUUUUCUAAAAGGGAGCAGAGAAACUGCAUGACUUGUUCCUGAACACUGUGGCAGAGAUAAGAAUUAUCCUUUGUAUGUCUUAAUCAUAAAACCAUCUUUUCUCUGUGCUUAUAGGACUUAAGCUCCUCUAUCACUCUUAUUUUAAUUUCACAGAAGCAGAAUUGCUUAUGAACCAGGAUUCUCUACUGGCUAAAGCUCUUCAGGAAGGGUAUGAUGAGAAAUUGUCAGUCUGUGAGCAGCAAUCUCCUUUUUGUUUACAGCACCUCAAAGCCAAAUUGCCUCAUGUGUACAUGAAGUACUCUUCCCAUGCUCUUCUCUCCCUUCUGCCCCCAAGUCUAGGUCUAGCUUUAGGAGAAGGUGUCUUAAAAAUGAAACAAAGAUGUCAUUGUUAUAUUUUUGCCUUAACCAUUGCAAAGAAGCCACCAUAGUUUCAAGGGAACUUCUGCUUAAACCCCCAGGUUCAUCCCUUUCCACACACCACAGGCCACCAGCAGAAAGAACAAAGCUGGGAACCUCCUAGGGUCUGUUUUCUAAGCCAAGAUCUGUCUUUACCAAUAUCUUCAACUUGUCUGUAUACAAAGCACAGAUUCAAAGAUUAGUCUGCCAAGUAGAAAAAUAAAGGAGAUUUUUUCUCUCUCCUGAUUGCUGCAGGCUCCCUUGACCCACUUUAGCUCUAAAACCUAUUCCUGGUAUUGCUCCAGCUUGGUUCUUGCUGCACCUCUGAUUCUUAGUAAGAAUUUCCCUAAAACAAAGGCAGCUCUUGUACCUACACUGAGUCUGAAUCCUGUGGAUUUCCUUAGACAGCUUGCUGUCCUCUCUUCAGACCUCACGUACUGUGGGAUCCCAGAGGAGGUUACAAAAGCAAUUCAAGAAGCUAUUUUCAAAUCAGCAGUGCUUUUUCUUGGACAGUUUUCACAACGCUACCACAAAGCAGGUCCUCAGCUCUGAGCUGCCAGGAUUAUUGCUGUAAUGCCUCUCCCCAGUGACAGACUGCCUGCCACGCUUUGAGAAGUCUGCUUGCUGGCUUCUGGUGUGUGUUCCUGCUUGAGUUCAGCUGUCUCUGUACAUAGACAGGUAAACUCCAAGGGAACUGGGUUAGGAUCCAAUGAAGUUUUCAUCCUCUGUGUUGUUUUUUUCCUAUUAGAAAUGGUAACUCCUUUUUGAGGCACUUCUGCAGAGGGAUAAUUAGAUUUUAAUAGGUGGGUUGUUUGUUUUUUUUUUAGCUUUGUUCACACUUUUUUCAGCUUAGACACAGUCUAAGUGUCUUCAGAGGCAAUGCUUGAAUUUCUGGUGGAGUGUUAGGAAAGGCUUUCCAUCUUCAGUUAAAAGAUCAGUAACAUACAAAGUGCUUACAGAACUUAACUCUGGUUUCUCUAGACCCUGCAUAACAUCUAGGCUAUGGCUGUGCAAAGAAAUCUUUACUGCUGGCAAGUUCUAAUUUGCUUAUUCAAAGAAGAAAGUGUUCUGUGGUAGCAUGUGCACCUAUAAGCAGUUUGGAGGGUUUGAAGAAUUAAAGCACAGUGCUCAGGUUUUCUGCCAGCAGCCUGAGCUUCACCAGUUCUGCUGUGACUUGGUUUAACUCUGCUUCUUCUAGACGUUCUCCAGUUUAUUAGGGUGCAAAUCAAUUUAAAUAAAAAGAGACUACCUUGU